AUGGCUAAAACUGUAAGUGACUCACAACAAGCCUACGAAAAACACACCCCUUUAAUUAAAAUUGCUAACGAUGCACUAGUUGACCUACCAGCCCCCUCCAACAUUUCAGUAUGAUGAAAUUUUGGCUCAUUACUAGGGCUGUGUUUGAUUACUCAAAUUCUUACAGGACUAUUCCUAGCUAUACAUUAUACAUCUGAUAUCACUACUGCUUUUUCAUCCGUAGCUCACAUCUGCCGAGAUGUAAAUUAUGGAUGACUUAUCCGAAACAUCCAUGCCAACGGAGCAUCAUUCUUCUUUAUUUGCAUUUAUAUUCAUAUUGCGCGAGGACUAUACUACGGAUCAUACCUCUAUAAAGAAACCUGAAACAUCGGAGUUGUUCUUCUACUUUUAGUUAUAAUAACAGCAUUCGUAGGUUAUGUCCUCCCAUGAGGACAAAUAUCCUUCUGAGGGGCUACAGUAAUUACUAAUCUUCUAUCCGCAGUUCCCUAUGUAGGAAAUACUUUGGUUCAAUGAAUCUGGGGAGGGUUCUCAGUAGAUAAUGCAACAUUAACACGAUUCUUUGCCUUCCACUUCCUCCUGCCAUUUAUUAUUGCUGCAGCCACCAUCCUCCAUCUUCUGUUUCUUCAUGAAACAGGCUCAAACAACCCCAUAGGACUUAACUCGGACGCAGACAAAGUUUCAUUCCACCCCUACUUCUCUUAUAAAGACCUACUCGGAUUUGCAGUAGUUCUGCUUGCCCUCACAUCCUUGUCGUUGUUCUCCCCCAAUCUCCUAGGAGACCCAGACAAUUUUACCCCCGCAAACCCACUAGUAACACCCCCUCACAUCAAGCCAGAGUGGUAUUUCUUAUUUGCCUACGCUAUUCUACGAUCAAUUCCCAAUAAACUCGGUGGUGUCCUAGCCCUAUUAUUCUCCAUCCUAGUCCUAAUAGUAGUGCCUAUUCUUCACACUUCAAAACAACGAGGCCUAACAUUCCGACCAAUUACCCAAUUUCUCUUCUGAACGCUCGUAGCCGACAUGCUUAUUCUUACAUGAAUUGGAGGCAUGCCAGUAGAACACCCAUUUAUCAUUAUUGGACAACUUGCAUCCAUUAUUUACUUUACAUUAUUUCUAGUCCUAAUUCCACUGGCGGGAUGACUAGAAAACAAGGCAUUAGAAUGAGCCUGCCCUAGUAGCUUAGCCACAAAGCAUCGGUCUUGUAAUCCGAAGAUCGGAGGUUAAAAUCCUCCCUAGCGCCAGAAAAGGGAGAUUUUAACUCCCACCACUGGCUCCCAAAGCCAGUAUUCUAAAUUUAACUAUUUUCUGGUUAUGGUAUAGUACAUAUUAUGCAUAAUAUUACAUUAAUGGAUUAGUACAUUAAUGUAUUAUCACCUACUUCAUAAUUUAACCAUAAAGCAAGUAAUUUAUACUAAGGUAUACAUAAACCAAUAUAAUUUUAAAACUCAUAAAUCCCAACAAAGACAUGAUGAUAUAUUCCCCAAAUUAUUGUUCACAAAAUUUUCCUUGAAUAACUCAAUUAACAUCUAUUGGACAAAUAUUAAUGUAGUAAGAGACCACCAACCAGUUUAUAUAAAGGCAUAUUAUUAAUGAUAGGGUCAGGGACAAUAAUUGUGGGGGUAACACUUAGUGAACUAUUACUGGCAUCUGGUUCCUAUUUCAGGGACAAAACUGCAUAAUUCCACUUACAGAUAAUUAUACUGGCAUCUGAUUAAUGGUGUAGUACAUACGACUCGUUACCCACCAUGCCGGGCAUUCUUUUAUAUGCAUAGGGUUCUCUUUUUUGGUCUACCUUUCCUAUACAUCUCAGAGUGCAGGCUCAAAUAACAAAACAAGGUGGAACAUUUUUCUUGCAUGAAUUAAUAUAAGUGAAUGAUAAAAAGACAUAACUUAAGCAUUGCAUAUGUUUAUAUCACGUGCAUAACACAUCCUUAUUCAACACAGCUUUAUACUAUAUGCCCCCUUUUGGUUUUUGCGCGACAAACCCCCCUACCCCCUACGCUAGGCGAUUCCUGUUUAUCCUUGUCAAACCCCGAAACCAAGGAAGACUCGACUGAGCGUAUCAAAAUCAAUGAGUUGAAGUAGAUAUUGAUUUAUGCCACCACAUUAUAUAUAUAUGUCACAUAAAAUAUAUAUGUAAUGAUUUUAUAUAAACCCAAAAACUAGGGUUAAAAAUUGAUAAAAUGAAGUCAAUACUAACUUUUAGGAGAACAAAUAUGCUCGCGUAGCUUAAAAUAAAGCAUAGCACUGAAGAUGCUAAGAUGAGCCCUAGAAAGCUCCGCUUGCACAAAGGCUUGGUCCUGACUUUAUCAUCGGCUUUAACUCAAAUUACACAUGCAAGUCUCCGCAGACCCGUGAGAAUGCCCUCAAUCCCCCGCCCGGGGACGAGGAGCAGGCAUCAGGCACAAAUUUUAGCCCAAGACGCCUUGCCACGCCACACCCCCAAGGGAACUCAGCAGUGAUAAAUAUUAAGCCAUAAGUGAAAACUUGACUUAGUUAGAGAUAAGAGGGCCGGUAAAACUCGUGCCAGCCACCGCGGUUAUACGAGAGGCCCCAGUUGAUGAACACGGCGUAAAGGGUGGUUAAGGUUUAACUAAAAUAAAGUCAAAAGACUUCUUGGCCGUCAUACGCCCCUGAACAUCUGAAGCUCAUAUACGAAAGUAACUUUAAUAUUAGCCCACCUGACCCCACGAAAACUGAGAAACAAACUGGGAUUAGAUACCCCACUAUGCUCAGCCGUAAACCUAGACGUUUUAUCACAAUUAACGUCCGCCAGGGUACUACGAGCACUAGCUUAAAACCCAAAGGACUUGGCGGUGCCUUAGACCCCCCUAGAGGAGCCUGUUCUAGAACCGAUAACCCCCGUUAAACCUCACCACUUCUGGCCAUCCCCGCCUAUAUACCGCCGUCGUCAGCUUACCCUGUGAAGGAUAAAUAGUAAGCAAAGUGGAAAAACUCCAAAACGUCAGGUCGAGGUGUAGCGAACGAAGUGGGAAGAAAUGGGCUACAUUUUCUUUAAUAAAGAAUAUCACGGACAACACUAUGAAAACUUAGUGCUCGAAGGAGGAUUUAGUAGUAAAAAGGAAAUAGAGUGUCCUUUUGAACCCGGCUCUGAGGCGCGUACACACCGCCCGUCACUCUCCCCGCCAGAUAGCGACAUAUGUCACUAACAUAAAAGCACAAACAAGGGGAGGCAAGUCGUAACAUGGUAAGUGUACCGGAAGGUGCACUUGGAUCAAAUCAGGGCGUGGCUGAGAUAGUUAAGCAUCUCCCUUACACCGAGAAGACAUCCAUGCAAGUUGGAUCACCCUGAGCUAACCAGCUAGCUAAACAUUAUACUAAAUUAACAACAUAAAUAACAUCACAAAACCUAAAUUUAUAAACCAAACCAUUUUUCCACCUAAGUACGGGAGACGAAAAAGGUUCCAUAAGCAAUAGAUAAAGUACCGCAAGGGAAAGCUGAAAGAGCAAUGAAAUAAGUCAUGUAAGCGUAAGAAAGCAGAGACUAAUACUCGUACCUUUUGCAUCAUGCUUUAGCAAGAACCCAACAAGCAAAGAGACCUUUAGUUUGUAACCCCGAAACCAAGUGAGCUACCCCGGGACAGCCUUAAUAGGGCCAACCCGUCUCUGUGGCAAAAGAGUGGGAAGAGCCCCGGGUAGAGGUGACAGACCUACCGAACUUGGUGAUAGCUGGUUGCCUAAGAAAUGAAUAGAAGUUCAGCCUUGUGCCCCCUUUUAUCAAAUAAGUAAAAUCUACUAUAGAAACUAAGAGAAUCACAAGAGUUAGUUAAAGGGGGUACAGCCCCUUUAACCAAGGAUACAACUUUAUCAGGAGGAUAGGGAUUAUAAUUUUAAAAAUUAUUGUUUCAGUGGGCCUAAAAGCAGCCACCUGUGCAGAAAGCGUUAAAGCUCAGAUGAUAAGAAAUUUAUUAUUUCAAUAAAACAUCCCAUUCCCCUACAUAUAUUAGGCCGCUCCAUGACUUCAUGGAAGAGAUCAUGCUAAAAUGAGUAACAAGAGAUAAACAACUCUCUCCUAGCACAAGUGUAAGCCAGCCCGGAUAAACCACUGGCAAUUAACGAGCCCAAUAUAAGAGGGAAAUGUAAUUAAAACAAAAUGCAAGAAAAUUCUACAAUUUGUAAUCGUUAAACCCACACUGGAGUGCCACAGGGAAAGACUAAAAGAAAGGGAAGGAACUCGGCAAACCCAAGCCUCGCCUGUUUACCAAAAACAUCGCCUCCUGCAAAACUCAAGGUAUAGGAGGUCCAGCCUGCCCAGUGACCACAAGUUCAACGGCCGCGGUAUUUUGACCGUGCAAAGGUAGCGCAAUCACUUGUCUUUUAAAUGAAGACCUGUAUGAAUGGCCAAACGAGGGCUUAGCUGUCUCCCCUUUCAAGUCAGUGAAAUUGAUCUGCCCGUGCAGAAGCGGGCAUACAUCUACAAGACGAGAAGACCCUUUGGAGCUUAAGGUUCAAGCCCAACCGCGUUAAGCAACUUACAAAAUAAGCAUUAAACCUAGCGGAAAAUGGCGCUUUACCUUCGGUUGGGGCGACCACGGAGAAAAAAAUAUCCUCCGAGUGGACUGGGCCGACUAAGCCUAAAACCAAGAAAGACAUUUCUAAGUAGCAGAAAAUCUGACCAAUAAUGAUCCGGCCCAAGGGCCGAUCAACGGACCAAGUUACCCUAGGGAUAACAGCGCAAUCCUCUCCCAGAGUCCAUAUCGACGAGGGGGUUUACGACCUCGAUGUUGGAUCAGGACAUCCUAAUGGUGCAGCCGCUAUUAAGGGUUCGUUUGUUCAACGAUUAAAGUCCUACGUGAUCUGAGUUCAGACCGGAGUAAUCCAGGUCAGUUUCUAUCUGUAACGUCACUUUUCCUAGUACGAAAGGACCGGAAAAAGGAGGCCCAUACCAAAGGUACGCCUCACCCCUAAUUAAUGAAGACAACUUAAUUAAAUAAAUGGAGGACCCACAACCUGAGCAAAGAUAACGCCACACUAAGAUGGCAGAGCAUGGUAAUUGCAAAAGGCCUAAGCCCUUUCAACCAGAGGUUCAAAUCCUCUUCUUAGUUUAUGUUAAACACUUUACUAAUUUACCUAGUUAACCCCCUCGCAUAUAUCGUCCCAGUCCUCCUAGCAGUAGCAUUCCUCACAUUAAUUGAGCGAAAAGUCCUAGGCUAUAUGCAACUCCGUAAAGGCCCAAAUAUUGUUGGACCCUAUGGCCUUCUUCAGCCCAUUGCAGAUGGAGUUAAACUAUUUAUUAAAGAGCCAAUCCGCCCAUCUACAUCAUCCCCAUUUCUAUUUCUAGCUACCCCCAUACUUGCCCUAACACUAGCCAUAACCCUAUGAGCCCCCAUUCCUAUACCACACCCAGUAACAGACUUAAAUCUAGGAGUACUAUUUAUUCUCGCCUUGUCAAGCCUUGCCGUGUAUUCGAUUCUAGGAUCUGGUUGAGCCUCAAAUUCAAAAUAUGCCCUAAUUGGUGCCCUACGAGCCGUGGCUCAAACAAUCUCGUAUGAAGUGAGCCUAGGACUUAUUCUUCUAGCAGUAAUUAUUUUUUCCGGCGGUUAUACACUCCAAAUAUUUAAUACAACACAAGAGGGUAUUUGACUUCUAAUUCCGGCCUGACCCCUAGCUGCAAUGUGGUAUAUUUCAACGCUGGCAGAAACAAACCGUGCACCUUUUGAUCUAACUGAAGGUGAGUCUGAGUUAGUCUCCGGAUUUAACGUAGAAUAUGCAGGUGGACCCUUUGCCCUUUUUUUCCUAGCUGAAUAUGCCAAUAUUUUAUUAAUGAAUACCCUAUCUGCAGUUCUUUUCCUGGGCGCCUCACAUAUUCCAACCUUGCCUGAACUAACAACAUUUAAUUUAAUGACUAAAGCCGCACUUCUUUCCCUAGUCUUCUUAUGAAUUCGUGCCUCCUAUCCUCGAUUCCGCUAUGACCAACUUAUGCAUCUAGUGUGAAAAAAUUUUCUACCACUAACCCUAGCCCUAGUUCUUUGACACACAGCCCUCCCCAUUGCAUUUGCAGGACUCCCCCCCCAACUAUAACAACAGGAACCGUGCCUGAACGUCUAAGGACCACUUUGAUAGAGUGGCUUAUGAGGGUUAAAGCCCCUCCAGUUCCUAGAAAGAAGGGAAUCGAACCCAUACUCAGGAGAUCAAAACUCCUGGUGCUUCCUCUACACCACUUUCUAUGAUAAGGUCAGCUAAUUAAGCUUUCGGGCCCAUACCCCGAACAUGACGGUUAAAAUCCCUCCCCUAUCAAUGAACCCUUAUGUAUUAGUUAUUUUAUUGUCCAGCCUGGGAUUAGGAACCACACUAACCUUCGCAAGCUCCCACUGACUACUAGCCUGAAUAGGAUUAGAAAUUAAUACCUUAGCUAUUAUCCCUCUCAUAGCGCAGCAACAUCACCCACGAGCAGUUGAGGCUACAACUAAGUACUUUCUUACCCAAGCAACAGCCGCAGCAAUAAUUCUAUUUGCAGCUACAACAAACGCAUGAUUAGUGGGAGAAUGAGACAUUAAUAGCCUAUUCCACCCACUAGCAUCAACACUAGUUAUUGCAGCAUUAGCCCUAAAAAUUGGCCUGGCCCCCGUACACUUUUGACUUCCAGAAGUCCUUCAAGGACUAGACCUACUAACAGGACUAAUUUUAUCCACGUGACAAAAACUAGCCCCGUUUGCACUAAUUAUUCAAGUUGCCCCAACGAUUGACCCCUACCUCCUCUCAUCCUUGGGCCUCCUAUCAACCCUUGUGGGGGGGUGGGGUGGCCUAAACCAGACCCAAUUACGAAAAAUCCUUGCAUAUUCUUCUAUUGCUCAUAUGGGUUGAAUAUUAAUUGUUCUACAAUUUGCCCCCCAAUUAACCCUCCUAGCCCUAGGAACCUACAUUUUUAUAACAACCACAGCAUUCCUCUCAUUCAAAGUGUCACAAGCCACAAAAAUUAACACACUCUCAGUAACAUGAACAAAAAACCCAACCCUCAUGGUAAUUACAACCCUAGCAAUACUCUCCCUAGGAGGACUCCCCCCACUAACUGGGUUUAUACCCAAAUGGCUUAUUCUUCAAGAAUUAACAAAACAAGAACUUCCCCUCACAGCAACAAUUAUGGCCCUAGCAGCCCUAUUAAGCCUAUAUUUUUAUCUACGACUAUGUUAUGCAAUAGCCCUAACAAUUUCACCCACCACAACCAACUCAACCUUACCAUGACGAACCCCCAAUACCCAAUCAACUCUUACUCUAGCCCUAACCUCAUCAAUUGCCUUAGGACUCCUCCCAAUUACCCCAGCCAUCCUGGCACUGGUUACCUAAAGGCUUAGGAUAAUUAAGACCAAGGGCCUUCAAAGCCCUAAGUAGGAGUUAAAAUCUCCUAGCCUUUGGCUAAGACUUGCGGGACUUUAUCCCACAUCUUCUGAAUGCAAGCCAGACACUUUAAUUAAGCUAAAGCCUUCCUAGAUGAGAAGGCCUCGAUCCUACAAACUCUUAGUUAACAGCUAAGCGCCCAAACCAGCGGGCAUUCAUCUACUUUCCCGCCGUUGGGUGAGUAAGGCGGGAAAGCCCCGGCAGACGUCAAUCUGCGUCUUUGGAUUUGCAAUCCAAUAUGUUAUACACCACGGGGCUUGGUAGGAAGAGGACUUAAACCUCUAUCUACGGGGCUACAACCCGCCACCUGACUUCGGCCAUCCUACCUGUGGCAAUCACACGCUGAUUCUUCUCUACUAACCACAAAGAUAUUGGCACCCUCUACCUUGUAUUUGGUGCCUGAGCCGGAAUGGUCGGAACGGCUCUCAGCCUUUUGAUUCGUGCUGAGCUCAGCCAACCUGGAUCUCUCCUGGGGGAUGACCAAAUUUAUAAUGUUAUUGUUACCGCACAUGCCUUUGUCAUGAUUUUCUUUAUAGUAAUGCCAAUUCUCAUCGGUGGCUUUGGAAAUUGACUAAUUCCACUAAUGAUUGGGGCCCCAGAUAUAGCAUUUCCACGAAUAAACAAUAUAAGCUUUUGACUCCUGCCACCCUCAUUUCUACUAUUACUAGCCUCCUCUGGUGUUGAAGCCGGGGCUGGAACAGGAUGAACAGUUUACCCACCGCUGGCAGGUAAUCUCGCCCAUGCAGGUGCAUCCGUUGACCUUACCAUCUUUUCUCUUCACCUAGCAGGUGUAUCUUCAAUUCUGGGAGCAAUUAAUUUUAUUACCACAACAAUUAAUAUGAAACCCCCAGCCAUUUCACAAUAUCAAACACCCUUAUUUGUCUGAGCAGUCCUUGUAACCGCCGUUCUUCUCCUUUUGUCCCUGCCUGUCUUAGCUGCUGGGAUUACUAUGCUUUUAACAGACCGAAACCUAAAUACAACAUUCUUUGACCCGGCAGGAGGAGGAGACCCAAUCCUAUACCAGCACUUAUUCUGAUUCUUUGGCCACCCAGAAGUAUACAUUUUAAUUUUACCAGGAUUCGGGAUUAUCUCACAUGUUGUAGCCUACUACGCUGGUAAAAAAGAACCUUUCGGCUACAUGGGAAUAGUCUGAGCUAUGAUGGCCAUUGGCCUCUUAGGCUUCAUUGUCUGAGCCCACCAUAUGUUUACGGUCGGGAUAGAUGUUGACACCCGUGCAUACUUCACAUCUGCUACAAUAAUUAUUGCUAUUCCUACAGGUGUAAAAGUCUUUAGCUGACUGGCCACCCUUCACGGGGGCUCAAUUAAAUGAGAGACCCCAAUACUCUGAGCUCUAGGAUUUAUCUUCCUAUUCACAGUGGGUGGACUUACCGGGAUUGUUCUAGCUAACUCAUCCAUCGACAUUGUUCUCCACGACACAUAUUAUGUAGUUGCUCACUUCCACUAUGUACUCUCAAUGGGUGCAGUCUUUGCUAUUAUAGCCGGCUUUGUACACUGAUUCCCACUAUUUACAGGUUAUACUCUACAUAGCACAUGAACUAAAAUCCACUUUGGGGUUAUGUUUUUAGGUGUCAACCUCACCUUCUUCCCACAGCACUUCCUUGGCCUUGCAGGUAUGCCCCGACGGUACUCAGACUACCCAGAUGCCUAUACACUGUGAAACACAGUCUCAUCUAUUGGAUCUAUAAUUUCACUAGUAGCUGUAAUCAUGUUCCUAUUUAUCUUAUGAGAAGCCUUCGCCGCUAAACGGGAAGUCCUAUCCGUAGAACUAACCGCAACAAAUGCCGAGUGACUCCAUGGAUGCCCUCCCCCCUAUCACACAUUUGAGGAGCCAGCAUUUGUUCAAGUUCAAUCAAAUUAACCGAGGAAGGGAGGAGUUGAACCCCCUUGUGCUGGUUUCAAGCCAGCCGCAUAACCAUUCUGCCACUUCCUUAA